AAAGAGUAGCAGUUAUUUUAAAUGAAUUUGGGGAAGGAAGUGCUGUGGAGAAAUCCUUAGCUGUUAGCCAAGAUGGAGAGCUCUAUGAAGAAUGGCUGGAACUCAGAAAUGGUUGCCUCUGCUGUUCUGUAAAGGACAAUGGACUUCGAGCUAUUGAGAAUUUGAUGCAAAAGAAAGGGAAAUUUGAUUAUAUACUGUUAGAAACCACUGGGUUGGCAGAUCCUGGUGCUGUCGCAUCCAUCUUUUGGGUUGAUGCUGAAUUGGGGAUGGAUAUUUACCUUGAUGGCAUCAUAACUGUUGUUGAUUCAAAAUAUGGAUUAAAACAUUUAGCAGAGGAAAAGCCUGAUGGCCUUGCCAAUGAAGCUACUAGGCAAGUUGCUCUAGCUGAUAUCAUCCUUAUCAAUAAAACUGACUUGGUUGCAGAAGAGGAUUUAAACAAAUUAAGAACAACCAUCAGGUCAAUAAAUGGACUGGGGAAAAUUUUAGAAACACAAAGAUCAAGAGUUGAUCUCUCCAAUGUAUUAGAUCUUCAUGCCUUUGACAGUAUCUCUGGAAUAAGUUUGCAGGAAAAACUUCAAUAUGUACCAACAAUACAACCUCACCUUGAUAAGAGUAUUGUUACAGUUACAUUUGAAGCACCAGGAAAUGCAAAGGAAGAAAAUCUAAAUGUAUUUAUUCAGAAUCUUCUGUGGGAAAAGAAUGUGAAGAACAAAGAUGAUUACUGCAUGGAAGUCAUAAGACUAAAGGGACUGGUAUCAAUCAAAGACAAACCACAGCAAGUUAUUGUCCAAGGUGUCCAUGAGCUCUAUGAUCUGGAGGAGACCCCUGUGAGCUGGAAAGAUGACACUGAGAGGACAAAUCGAUUGGUUCUUAUUGGCAGGUAUUUAGAUAAGGAUAUCCUCAAACAACUAUUUAUUGCGACUGUGACAGAAACAGAAAAACAGUGGACAACACAUUUCAAAGAAGAUCAAGUUUUUACAUGACACUAGGAGCAAUUCUUAUUAAAAGAAUCAGAAUUAGAAUUUGGGUUAAUUUUUCUACUGGGUGUACUUCAAGCAUCUAUUUUCUGUCGUAUUUCUGUUACGUAUUUUAUUGUGCUUUGAAAUAUUUUAUAGACUACAUAAAAUGUAGUAAAUCAAUAUUGUAAAAACAGUUGACAGUUGUAUAUUAAAAUAUAUCCUCUGAAGAAUA